CAGACGUGUGUCCAGAUGCAGCUCCUCCUGAGGGUCCUCCAGCUCCUGCUCCUGGGGGGAAGGGUGAGCAGCCUUGUCCCAGAGCCCCGCAUCGUGGGGGGCAUGGCGGCGCCCCCCCGGCAGUGGCCCUGGCAGGUCAGCCUCAGAGAGCGGGGCCGCCACACCUGUGGAGGCAGCCUCAUCAGCCACCAGUGGGUGCUGACCGCCGCCCACUGCGUCUCCGGAUCUGUGAGGCUGCGAGACCUGCGCAUCCAGCUGGGAGAGCCCACCCUGUACACCGAUCCCCGGGGCUCGGUCUCCACAGGCGUGGCCAGCAUCGUCCGGCACCCCUCCUUCAAUGGGGACGCCCUCCAGGGCGGUGAUGUGGCCCUGCUGAAGCUGGCACACCCCGUGCCCUUCUCCUCCACCAUCAAACCCAUCUCCCUGGCCUCGCCCGGCUCCCACUUCCCUGCGGGCACCCUCUGCUGGGUGACUGGCUGGGGUGACAUCAGGCAGAAUGAACUGCCAGACGGCCUACCGCCCGGAGCCCAUCGCCAAGGACAUGCUGUGUGCUGGCCACUUCCAGGGCCAAAAGGGCUUCUGCGAGGGCGACUCUGGGGGGCCCCUGGUCUGCCGGCUCCAGGACAGGCACUGGGUGCAGGCAGCAGUGGUGAGCUUCAGCAGAGGCUGUGCCGAGCCCGGCCUCCCGGGGGUGUACACCAGGGUCUCUGCCUACCAGCCCUGGAUCCGGCGCCACGUGCCUCUGCUGCGGUACCGCCUGAGGAGCUGACCCCCCCAGGCCGUCUGCGGGCCCCUUCUCCCCUUUCUGCUGUCCCUGCUUCUCCCACUGCCCCUUGCCCCGGCUCCUCAGCAGCCCCGUUCCCCACCGAGAUCAGCCACGGCUCAGCAAGGUUUGCCGACUGGCCCGAGAGGACACAGCUAGAAAGUGCGGACCCUCGGGGCACAGGGGCCGCUCCGUGGCUGUUUGUUACCUACUUUGGCCUCGCUGCUAAUUCGCACUUUGUCCAGGGCUGUGAGGAGCCCCUCCCGCCAUCUACAGCUCGGAGCCCCCCACAGUGCCGGCACGGGUGUUUGCCUGAUGCUGAUUUUUCCAUCAAGGUGCCCAGGCGGGGGCCUGGGGCCUGGGGCUGGGCCUCCCCGGCUGCUGCUCUGCAUUGGAGGGCAGAACGCCCCUCCUCUGAGCUACCCUGGUCUGAAGGGAUAAAUGGGGAGGGAGAGUGGGCUGGUAGGGAGCAGCAGGCACAGGCCAAGAUGCUGCAUCUGCUGGUACUGCCCCUCCUGGCCAGCCUGGUCCACACGUCCCCUGCACCAGGCCGGGCCCUGGAGCGAGCAGGCAUCGUUGGAGGGCAGGAGGCCCCUGGGAGCAAGUGGCCCUGGCAGGUGAGCCUGAGGCUCGAUGGGCAGUACUGGAUGCACUUCUGCGGGGGGUCCCUCAUCCACCCCCAGUGGGUGCUGACCGCGGCGCACUGCGUGGGACCGGAGGUCAUGGACCCGGUCGUGAUCAGGGUGCAGUUACGGGAGCAGCACCUCUAUUACCACGACAAGCUGCUGCCUGUCAGCAGGGUCAUCCCCCACCCCGACUACUACGACGCCCAGGGCGGGGCGGACAUCGCCCUGCUGGAGCUCAAGGACCCCGUGAACAUCUCCGGCCGUGUGCAAGUGGUCACCCUGCCCCCUGCCUCGGAGACCUUCCCCCCCAAGACACCAUGCUGGGUGACAGGCUGGGGUGAUGUGAGCACGGAAGUACACCUGCCCCCGCCAUACCCGCUGAGGCAGGUAAAGGUCCCCAUCGUGGAAAACAGCAUCUGUGACGCGCAGUACCACACUGGCCUGUCCACGGGGGACAACGUCCAGAUUGUCCAAGACGACAUGCUGUGUGCCGGGACCCAAGAGAGAGACUCCUGCCAGGGCGACUCGGGAGGACCCCUGGCCUGCAAGGUGAAUGGCACGUGGCUGCAGGCGGGCGUGGUCAGCUGGGGUGAUGGCUGUGCUAAGCCCGACCGGCCGGGCAUCUACACCCGCGUCACCUACUACCUGGACUGGAUCCACCAGUACGUCCCCGAGGAGCCCUGAGCCCAGUCCCCGGGCUGCCACCCGGGUGGGAGGAGCAGUGCUCCCUCCUGUCCCCACACUGUAGCUUCUGCCCGGCUUCCUGGCCCGGCAGGGAGCCCCCUGCCCGGGAGCUGGCGGCGGCCACUAAGCACCAUAAAGAGCAUGUGAGGCA